AUGGCCUCCGAACGCAUGGAGGUAGAUACCAAUGCUCCACGGAAGCGACCGAACCGUCUGGAAGCUGCAAUCACCAAUCCCGGCGCUGUCAAAAUCAACGUCACGGGCGCAUUCAUUGUUGACGACGAGCCACGAUCCAAGAGUCCCGUCGAUGCAGAGGGCGUACACUAUGAAAACAAGGAUAUUCGACUUCCGCAUCAUACAGGCGUUGUGAGCCAUGUGGCUGUCGAUAUUGGCGGAACACUUGCGAAGCUUGUCUAUUUCACUCGAGAGCCGGACACCGCGGAUAACGGUGGCCGACUCAAUUUCCUGAACUUUGAAACACACCGGAUCGAUCUGUGCAUCAACUUCAUUCGACAGCUCAAAGAAGAGCACGAGAAGCGCAAUGGUUCGACACGGGAGGGGCUGUGUGUGGUAGCUACUGGAGGUGGCGCAUACAAGUACUACGAUCGGCUGAAAGAAGAAUUAAAUGUUAAUAUUCUACGGGAAGAGGAGAUGGAAUGUCUGAUCAUUGGAUUGGACUUUUUCAUUACAGAAAUCCCCAACGAAGUCUUCACUUACAGCGAUGCUGAUGCUGAGCCGAUGCAAUAUGCCGAAGCCCGGCCCGAUGUCUACCCUUAUCUCCUCGUCAAUAUAGGAUCAGGUGUGUCGAUGAUAAAAGUCUCCGGUCCGCGGCAAUUCGAGCGUGUCGGCGGAACACAUCUCGGUGGUGGAACCUUCUGGGGGAUUAUGUCUUUGUUGACCGGCUCCCGGACAUUCGACGACAUGCUAGCAAUGGCCGACCGCGGAGACAACAGUGCGGUGGACAUGCUUGUAGGAGAUAUCUACGGUAUGGACUACACCAAGAUUGGCUUGAAGAGCACAGCUAUUGCCAGUACUUUCGGCAAGGUGCUCCGGUUGAAAAACGAUGCGGAGCAAGGGGCCGAGGAUGGCGAGGGCUUGAUCCGCGGUGAUCCCAGUGAAACCAGUGAAACCAGUGACUCCGGCGAGUCCAACCAUGGACCCAAGCCAAAUCCGGAAGAUAUGAGCAGGAGUCUGCUCUACGCUAUCAGUAAUAAUAUUGGUCAGAUCGCAUAUCUGCAGUCAGAAAAACACUCAGUCAAACAUAUUUACUUCGGAGGGUCAUUCAUUCGAGGCCACCGCCAAACGAUGAACACCCUCUCCUACGCCAUCCGCUUCUGGUCCAAGGGCGAAAAACAAGCCUAUUUCCUGCGCCACGAGGGCUACCUAGGCGCCGUUGGUGCCUUCAUCCGACGCCAGCCGCAAAACUGGGGUCGCAGAAACAGUGUUGAUGAAGUGGUCGCACCGCAGGCGGUCCGAAACCUCGUUCAAAAUAACAAUGUCCUUCAACAACAUGGCAGGUCGUCCAGUGAGCUAUAA